CUGUUUUUACUAAGAGGCCAGUAUCUUCAUAGUAAAUACCGGCAUAUGCUCUUGUGCAUGUUUCUAAUUAUUUGUACACCAAUAAUUGAUAUCAUUAGAAAUUGUAAACUUAAAAAAAUUAAUGGGCUUACAUAAUUUUGUACACAAAUAUUGUAAAAUACCUCUGAUCUCUCUCUCAGGUAUGGGCUCCCGUUCCUAUGGUGAUCGAUGAUGACAUGGUGAUGGGCUCAGUCCUGUUAUGUAGUUGUUCUAUUGUCUAUCAUUCAUUGGUCUACUAAUAAUGAGAUACACUAAAAGAAAUAUUAAGAGACCAUUUAAGGUAUGGACUCCCGUUCCCAUGGUGAUGAUAUGCUCCACCCUCUUCCUAAUAACGGUUCCAUUAGUGUUUAUGUCAGUAGAGAGGUGGUAUAUAUUAUUAGGACUGAUACUAGUAUUGACUGGUACUCCUCUCUAUCUAUUAUUAAUAUACUAUAAAUAUAGACCAGCUGUAUUUACAAGGAUAAGCAGCAUGAUAAUUGGUGUUUCCAAUACAAUAUUUUAUACUUCAUCAUUCAAGAAUACCGAGGACAUGACUAUUGAAUAUUCAUAUCAAUAAUUAUUAUUAAUAUUAUUUUAAUAUCAUUAACUGCAACUAAGUUUAUUUAAACAUUCACUAUUGGUAGUGGUUUGUGUGGUUGUUCUUUUUUGUGUCUAUCAAUCAAUGUCUUCUUUUGAUCUUUAAGAGUAUCCUCCAGGAGAGGAUGAUAAUAGUGCCCAGUAAUAAUCUCAACAUAUUCAAGUGUUGGAUGGAUGAAGAUUGUUUCAUAUAAAUGUUGUACUAGUUCUAUCCAGUUAGGUUGAGAUGACUCUUCAUUAAUAUAUAUACACCCUAUUCCCAGUAGUCUGAUGGUUGUAUGUGACUGUAACAUGUUAGUAACAGCAGGUAGUACCUGUUCAUAAAACAAUA